AUGCCCGAAGGAGAUGCUUUGCCGUUCGGUAGAAGUCGUCAUCGGGCAUACGAGGACAUCACUCGAGCUCUCGUCAAGGGCGUGGACGUGGAUGAUCUUGAACCGAUGACGGCGUUGCUCCACGCCAAGCGCGGCUCAGUGGGCCACGAAAUCAACGCGCUUCGAAGCGAGAUUGCUCGCGUGCAAUCGACGCUGAGUGCGAUUAAGAGCGGAAAGGCCGGCGGCGCGAGCGCGUCUGCGUGCGCGUCGAAUCGUCUUACAACCAUCGCUCGAAAGAAAUGGAGCACCAUGGAGCGCGCUUCAAAGAGGCGGAGCGGGGUUCAAAAGGCUCAUAACCUCUGGAAGUCCUCGCGCGCUCGCGAUGAAGAAGCGCAAGAAUUGAUUAUACAAAGGGUACCGGAGCCGGCGACGCGUGGGAUGGCCAUCAUGCUGUCUCGUCGGUUGGAUGAAGUAUUACCCGAGGGUUCUAUCGAGGGUAAAUGUGCUCGGCUUGUCGAGCGGGGCGGACUCGGGGCCACGAACGGUGAAGUGCUGCGCCGUUCGAGUUUGCAAAUCGACACGUUCAGCGACGAUUUUGCGAUUCUCGACACUGCCUUGCGCGAGGGCGCGCGUCAAGUGAGCGCGGGGUGUCGAGAUAGAGGAGUACUUAUCGACUCGAUUCGGGAGCGCUAUGGCGAGCUCUUCUCCACGAUGCGAAAUGUCUGCGAUCGCUGGUUGAGGCGAAACGAAUCGCUCGUGAUCGAAAUGGAUGGACUUAAGGGUGCGCUUGACACGAAAGAACUCGAACUUAUCGAGUUGACCGAGUACGCCACGCGAUGUAGGCACGAAGCAGACUCUGCCAAGCGCCAGCAAAGAGCCGGUAGCGAGCGAGCAGAUCUCAUCUCAAAACGAUCACGCGAGCGUGAGCGUGAGCUCAUAACGAUGCAAACUAUCGAUCGUGCGGAGCUACGUCGAUUGCACGAGCGAAUCAAGCUCACGGAGUUGCAGCAUAGACGUGACGUUGAGUCGGCAGUUUCGUCAAUGGAAGAUUCACUUCACAAGGCGCUGAACGAUCGGGACGAGCUGGCGAAACGCGUAAGCUUCCUCGAUAACCAACUGUUGACGACUCGCAUGAUGUUGCCAGAUAAAUCGUGCUACGCGACGUCGGAUACGCAAACGACUACUGAGGAUGCGAGAUGUCUGGCUCUCGCGGUGGCGGCGGCGACGACCUCGGAUGGGAUCGCUGUUGCGAUUCAGACAGAUCCAUGUGCCCAUUACAAACGGCGGCGUAGGGGCAAUGGUGCGUUCCCUAAAGAUAGUUCUACGUUUCCAGGACUUCUCCACUCGGACCAGAACUUGGAUACAUGGAAACGCGAGGCGCUUGGUGGAUUCGCUUCGCUCGUAGCUUCAAAGAAAACUGGACGUCGCAAGCCUCGUGCGUGGGUGCUCAAAUGCAUAGCGCACAUAUACGCUGACAAGCUCAUAGCGGAUGCCGCCGUUCAGGGGCACGACGAAUUUGCAUCGAUGCGUGAGACAUCAUCCACGCAGCCGCUCGCGAAUUUCGUGUACGAUUGGCACAUGCAUAAAUUUGGUCUGAGACAGCUGGCGGAGGCAAACUUGCUCGACUUGAUCGCGUCCACAGUGUACCAUGCCGCAGAGUGCGGAAUCGUUUCCCAGUUUGGCGUUUUAUGUGGAUUCGAAAGCACGUUGGCUCAGCAGCAGGGUCAUCACACUCAUCAGCGCGCGCCAACACUGACGGACGCGCCGGCGGUUACGUUCUACCUUCGACUCCUCGAGGGAUUAGCCGGUGACGGUCAUUUAUCACAGUUAUUCAUUGAGUUCGGGAUGUCAAACGACCGCAGAUGCGACGGAGUGAUGUCAUCAUCAAACUCACUGGCGCUCACGCGGGCCACGGAGGCCGUGAAACGCGCGUUCGAGGAGUUUGCGGAUGAUACGGUGGCGCUAAAGGACUUCGUCGCGUCUCAGCUCGGGGUGAAAAAUAUCACGGGAACGUCUACGAUUAGAUUCUCGACGCUGACGGAAAAAGUGAUGGAUGAAUAUACAUCGAGACGAGCCGCGAGCACGGAGACGCUCAAGGCGUUGUUUCGAGCGGCGGACUGUGACGGCGACGGCUUGUUGGCUCGGGAUGAAUUUUACGCAGCGAUUCGGCUGGCGAGCGCAAGGAUCACUGACGCUGCCAUCGGUACAAUUUUCGAGACGUGCUCGAGGCGUAGUCGCGCUGAUACAUCGCAACACGUCGUCGACGCGGACAGUUUCAUCAAAGCAUGCGUCGCGAACGGCAUGGAGCGGUUUCGAUUGGUACUCGAGCGAUCGAGUGCUGCGACUGACACUUCAACCGUGACGUCGUCUCGUAAGAAACAUGCGUCGACCACAGCGGUGCACUCAACGUCGUCAUCGAUAAAGACAAUGUUCGAUGUCGUCGAUGCGCACAUCGCCGCACCAGACGGCGCCGUCGCCAGAUUCAAAGCGCUCGCGGUCGACGCCAACGUUCCGCUCGAGCGAUGUCGUCGCCAGCUCGAGCGACUCGACGCCCUUCGCGCAUCCUGCGUCGACGCCGAAGCCACCCACAUCGCCCUCAAGCUCCUCGCCCACGAGGUCCGCGCCGCCUCCGUGCGCGCUAAGGGUGGGUUCAAGCGUCUUGGCGUCGCCGUCCUCCAUCAAGUCUCCUUCUCGUUGCGAGCCGAAAAGACCCUCGCCGAGGGCCGAUCACCGAGCGACGUCGACCGCGAUCGCGUGCGAAGCGAAGAAUUAGACCCGCUUUUGUAA